GAGUCACCGAAAAGCUCGUGAAGGGCUCAUAUGUCUGCGCGCAGAUGUACCUCGAGGUGGUUGUACACCGUGUGAUUGUGUGAGUGUAAAGAAAUGUGGGAGGAGGAGGACAUUGUGAAACGAAGGACAGGUCAGACAAGGUAGAGACUCGAACUCCACAUCUGUCCUGCCGCCGCCGUCACAUCGCGAUGGAUUUCGUGCUGAGCGGAGCGGCGGCGUGCGGCGCUUGUCUCUUCACCAACCCGCUGGAGGUCGUCAAAACACGGAUGCAGCUGCAGGGAGAGCUCAAAAGCCGGGGAUCCUACCAGGUUUACUACCGCAACGUUUUUCACGCUUUCUACACCAUCGGUAAGGUUGACGGACUCGCCGGGUUACAGAAAGGACUGGCACCAGGGUUAGUUUAUCAGUUUUUUAUGAAUGGAGUCAGACUGGGCUCGUACGCCGUCAUUGAGUCUUCCGGAUACAUCCACACGAACGGAAGGGUCAGCGCGGUCAAAACCACGAUAGCAGGAGCCGUGGCCGGUGUCGUGGGGGCCGUAAUGGGCAGCCCUGUAUACUUGGUUAGUAGUUAAUUUUCUUUAAUCGUGUCUUGACGUCUUUGUCUUUGCAAUGCUCCUUUAAAAAGUAGUGCCUUUUCAGAAAAUAGUAAACAGAGAUUUGUCACUGACCAUUGACAGGUCAAGACUCAUCUGCAGAGUCAAGCCACCUCCUCUAUCGCAGUUGGACAUCAGCACAAACACCAGGUAACAUAAACACACAACACGAUAGUGUUACACUUGAUUGGCAGGCAUCAGCAGCUGCAUGACAUGUUCCUCCUCCUCUUCCUCUCAGGGGAUGAUCCACGCCUUGGCAGCCAUCUAUAGGGAACAUGGCAUUGUGGGACUGUGGAGAGGCUCCAGUGCUGCAGUGCCAAGGGUCAGUGUGGGGUCAGCAGCGCAACUCAGCACCUUCUCCUCCUCCAAAGAGCUGGUCAUAGACCUCCAGGUUAGAAUAUUUUUAUCCUCUACAGACCAGCUGAAAAUGAUCAUCUGAAUUUAAAGGGAUAUUCUGGUGUAAAAUUAAUUUAGGGUCAAACAUACCGUAACACUGAGUUAGACACCUCCUCGAGAGAUGAAUGUUGCCGACUGCUUGCUUCUCUAGUUAUACCAACUUUAGUAAUGACCGUAGGAUAGCAAUACACAGUGGUCUGAGGAACCAUAAACAAACCUCAACCAAAACGCCACUCUAUAGCCACAAAUAAUGCUCAGAACAGCACCUAACUUCAUCAACAGUACAUAUAGGGUCCCAGCCAUAGCACUAGCCACCAAACAUCUUUUUAACUUUGCCUGAUUUCUUUAGCAAGGAGACCAAAUACAUCUCACCUACUCUAAGCUGGCAUAAAUUUAUUUCACACCGGAAUAUCCCUUUUAAGAGGAAUCAGGAAUCCUGUUUCUUCAACCGUUCACCAUGUGUGCAUGACUUCUCCUUGUGCAGGCUGCUCAAGAAUAAACAUGACUGCUUCAGGGAGGGGAUCUGGGAUAACUCAGGCAUAGUUUCUUCUCUGAUGAGUUACAGCUUUUCUUUGCUUUAUGUAAAGUUAAACUAAGUAUAUAUGAGUUGAGGCAUGCUUCAGUGAGUGUAAAAGACAUAUUAAGGGUUUUUUUUUUGCAACUUCAGAUCAGUAUUUUAAAACUUUUGCAGAUAUUUUCUUGAGGCCUGAUCUGUCUGUUCACCAGACUGUGACACUAAUUGAGCUCUACAGUCAGCAGAUUUAAAGGUAAUAAGUAUAAUCAUUAGCUGCAAGCUUGGGGAGAGAUGAUUUGCAGUCAGUAGUGUUGCAGAGAUUACAAAAGCAGUCAUUGUGGCACUGACAAAGCAUGAGGCAUUGGACUCCUCUGGAAUAGAAAUCCGACACCUUUCAUAGGCCCCUCAUGCCGGAGCUUAUACAACCACUGUGCUGGUACUUGUUGCUGACCCAGCUCCAGUAGAAAAAGGUCCAGAAUCUGACAGAAUCUUUGACAGAACAGAAAUGGCCAGAUAAUUAUAUUCUGCUGCAUAUGUAUAGUUUCCUUUCACUAUUUCUUUCUCACAAACUGUUGAAGUUGGUGGGUGGGUGAGGAGGGAGGCGGGUCUGUUUCUACCCAAUGUCAAAGGCAACAGUUGUACAUCCCAUUACAUAAUCCACCUUAUAACUCAGCUGGAGCACAGCCGGUACAUGUUGUAUCCAUUAUCUUUAAGUUAAAGUUGGCAGUAAACAAACUUGUGCUGCUUGAAAAACACAGUCUCUAAAGGUAAAUGUUUUAAGCUGCUGUGUUGUCUGAUUAUCCUUUUACUGUCUUCAGACCAGUCUUAUACAGCUGGUGCACCAUAAACUUUAAUUUUAAGCCAAUACUUCAGACCAUAAAACAUUUUUGACUGCAGAUACUGGGGAAUGCGUUUGUAGCUGCACUAAAAAUAGACCAUUCUUCUGUUUCGCUGCAUGUGGGAGAUCAUGACCGGUUAAAAUUAGAAGUUGCUGCACACAUGGCAGAGCCCAGAUGAUGAGCUGUUGAAGUAUUACUGUGCUAGAGAGUGCUGCAUCUCGUAUAUAACUCUUGUGAAUCAAGACCUGAGAUUUCUAAAGUCUUCCUUGACACUUGAUUGUCUUCAUUCUAAGGUGUUCGAAAAAAACAGCUGGUUGGUGGCCCUGACUGCUGGGAUGAUCAGCAGCGUGGUUGUGGUCCUGGCUAUGACACCUUUUGAUGUAGUGAGCACAAGACUCUACAACCAGCCUGUGGAUCAUUUGGGGAAGGUGAGUAGAGAGAACAAUAUCAUUGAAUGACACUCAUACAGCACAUGUUUUCAAGUUAAGCUGUAGGCCUGCAAAAUGUCAGAAAUCAUUGUAAGUAUGAUGACGUUACUCAAAGCAGUUGGUGCUUAAGACUUAAUCUUCAAAGGGAAAAAUCUGUGACAGGAAGUUGGAAAGAAGUGAGUUUAGCAAAUCUCUGCAGCCUGCUGCCCAUCACUGUUGGAGGCUUCCAGCUCAAGCCUUCAUGACCACCUUUAACACUGUAACCUAACUUCACUCCAGCUAAACUAGAUAAACUGACAUGUAGAAUCUUUGUCAAGAAGAUCGAUGUUAAAUAAGGUACUAAAUGAAAUUUGAGGUCUCGCCUAGCAAGUGAGGUAAAGCUGCUGCCUUGGAGCAGUUCAUGUUGGUGCCAGUUGUUAGCGUGGAGUCUGUGAAACUUAAAGUGACAGACACUAGCUGCAUUUACAUGGGCGCAAAUAAUUGGAGUAAAGGCCCGAUCUGAAUAAAAAUGCGUCAUGUAAACAUGUCAAUCGGAAGAUCCAAUUUGGCUCAAUCGGAAAGAUAUUGUAUUCUGAUCAAGAGGGGUGGUUUAUGCCGAUCUCUAUUCCGAAACGCGUCCAUGUAAACACCUAUUCAGAUCGUAACUCUCUUACCUGACUCAGUCUUCACUCUUUAGCCUUUGGUUUAUUUAUUGAGGCCAGUACAGGAGGUUUCAUUAUGAACACUCUGGUAUAAAACACAACCACAGGUGCCGUGUCUGCUCCUCUGGUAACAUCAUAAGGCGUACGUACAGCGUCAUGAUGUCACAUUUGCACGCACAGUGCAACCUUUGACAGAACCGUAAAAUAAGUGAGCAAGAGUGCCAUCCAGUGACAACAUUUAACAGGGGGAAAACAGAAAACAGUUGUUUAACAAAAAAAAAAAAACUCUUCUUCUGCAGUUGUUUGAGGGAAAUCAGACAACUCUGUGCAUGUCCUAAUCUGAAUAAAACUUGGGGCAUGUAUUCGCACGUCAUGAUUGGAUUAUUUGAUUUUGCACCCAUAUAAACAGUGGAUUCAGAUUAUCUAACCCCUCAAAUUUUUAAUCGCAUCAAGAAAUUUUGCACAUGUAAACAUAGCUACUAACACCUUACAAGUGCUGAUACACAGUAUCAGAGAGAUGGUCUUGUAUCCAUGGUGGACAAACCAGCAUUCAAAUCAGUACUUAGAUUUGACAAUCAAUAGGAAUUUCUUAAGAAACCUGUCACAGAAUUGAUAGAAGUUACAGUUAAGGUUAAAUCUGUUGAUAAUUCACCUCCCCUCCUGCUACAACAGAGAUAGUCCCCAAAGAACUAGACUGAGACCAUUUAAAGGCCUUUGCAGGUGUUUGGAGUUAAUUAGCUGAUUAGAGUGUGGCACCAGGUGUCUUCAAUAUUGAACCUUUCCACAAUAUUCUAAUUUUCUGAGAUACUCAUUGGGGGUUUUCAUUGGCUGUCAGUUAAAAUCAACAAUAUUAAAAUAAAUAAACACUUGAAAUAUGUCAGUCUGUGUGAAAUGAAUGUAUACAUUAUACAAGUUUCACUUUUUGAAUGGAAUUACUGAAAUAAAUCAACUUUUCCAUGAUAUUCUAAUUAUAUGACCAGUACCUGUACUGUCUGCUGAUACUGUGAAGUCAGGUAGCAUGGAAAUGAUAAUGUUGACAUUAUUCUAUUACUAUGUCACAUCAAAGGGUAGCCUAUUUUGUCAAACAGUACCUCACCUCUACCCUCUCCUCCUACAUUGGUGUUAGUAUUUUCUAACCAUCAGUUCAGUCAUGAACUACUGUCGUCAAAAGAGUCAGAUACUUCCAUGCAUUAGUUAUAUUUGGUGCUCUGGUGCUCAGGGCUCCCUGCCCCUCUUCGUGCUUACACUGAAUGCCAAAGCCUGAGGGGAGAGCACCUCCCCUCUGUCUCAUGCACGCAUACAUGGCAAGCCAAGGCAGGGAGAGCAGCAGUUGUAAAAGAAAUCCUGAACAGAACAGAGGCGACAUCAGUGUCAAUGGUAAGAUCAGACAGAGCAUAAAUGGAGGAGCUGGGUCAGAGGAAGCAGCAAGAGAAGACAGGCUGAACAGUUUGAAUAGAACGCCCUGUCUGACAUUUGCCCUCUGGGUGUGUGGAAGUUUAUGAGCUGAUAGCUCAGCUGAUGUGGACUAGCAUAAUGACCAGCUUAUUCACUGUGGGCUGAGCUUCACUCUGUGUACUGCCUGAACUACUGCUAUGCUCAAUUUGUGAAAUAAAGACUCCAUGUUUAAGGUUUGCAAUUCCAAAGUAGUUACUCAAACAGUCAUCAAAUCCCAACUGGACAACUAACCGCUAUCUUCUCAUCUUUUAGGGUCAACUUUAUAAAGGAUUUGCUGACUGCUUCUCUAAGACACUGAGAAAGGAGGGUUUGUUGGGACUCUACAAAGGCCUGGGAGCUUCUUAUUUCCGACUUGGCCCACACACCAUUCUGUCUUUGUUCUUCUGGGACGAACUUCGCAAACUGUACCGGCAGUUCAGAUAACACCAGGGACACAAUAUGACAGACUCAUCCAAUGAGUUUGUUAAAAUGAGGUUACACAGAACCAGGAGAGACUCUCCCUCCUUGAUGGGACGGUGGAAGAGCAAAGGUCAUGAUUUUACACUCCUUUAUGAAAAUGCUUGAGUGCGGUUAAAAUACGUCAGAAAGAAGGGAGGAAAUGUUAGGGCAGACAACAGCGCUGACCAAUCAGUCUGUCAUGCCAUAAAUGCACUUAGAUUUGUCUUGGCACUCGAUGUACACAGAUAUGAUCACAGCCAAAUAGGAACUCAGAAGAAAGACCUCUCCAGGGCAAACACAACCACUGUCAUUGCUCCUCUUGUAUAGCUUUUUCUACUCUUCAGUUAUGUCUUUCCAAGACGUAUGAAAGUAUCUUCUACAGAAAGCAUCAAAUGUGGCACACUUUUGAAUGAAUGAAUAGUGCCAGCAGCUAAAGUGGUGGUACUGUGCAGCUCUGAUAUCAAAUAAAUAGGGAAUACUGCAGUUCUGUGCUUUGCAGGAACAGCUGUUUAGUCCAAAAAUUACUCCAACAAUAGCCUUAACUCAUGCAGGUAAACAUUCUGCUUGGUUUGACUAAGGAAAAAGUAAAUGUGGAUGUUUGAGCUCACACAUGCAGACAGAAAUCAUGAGAAUGAGCUGCAUUCACCUUGCACUGGCUGGAGGUAAUGCUGUGUAUGCAAUAUCAGACAGAGGAAGAUAUCUGUGGACGAGGAAUUUUCUGUACUGACCCUCAUCCUCAAUAUAGUGUCUGUUGUGACAGAACCUGCUAAUCACUAAACAACCCAUGAGUCAGUCACUUCCAAAAGGAGAAAAGGGAAAUUUAUUAAAAAAGGGGUUAACAGCUCUUGCACCCAGAUUAGGAGUUCGUUUGAAACAGUGAAUCUCUGCCCUCAGUCUGGCUCAGUCCCCUGUUUGUGGCAGACUUCAGGUUCUGUGAGGUCUGUACAGUUGAUCCCAGUAGUCCAGCAGAACUGCCUUCUAAGGUGUCUGCCAGAUUUGGUGCUUUCUCCACAUGUUUAGGAGUAUGAUCCUCCACAGCUUUUAAACUAUUUCAUAAUACAGUAUCAGCUAUUUUAAAUUUGAGUAGAGCAUCAUUAUCAUGACAUGCAGCUUUGAGGACACAGUAGCAAAUGUUACUUUAGUUGAUUUUAGUUCGGGUCUCCAUGUAAUGUCAUCAGCAUUUUUAUACUUCUGGAUGACGCUUGUUUGUACUAAAACCAAUGAAUGUGGAAUGGUCCAUUUUUGUGAUUUAUUUUGAAGUAUUAGCCUACUGCAUACAGUAAGUGAUCAAUUAUCAGAGUUUUAGAGUAUAAAAUAGUUUUUAUAGUCUUUUCCGACAUUUUUGGACCAUUAAAAGUUGUCUGAAAUGUUGACCAGAAAAGGACUGUUGUUAAAUUAAACCACAUUGUGCAGUUUUUAUUGCCAAAAUAGAGCCAGUAUAACAGAAUGUUACUGUUAAGUCUCUCAAAAAGAAAUGGAAUUGACUGAUAAGCACUCCUAUUAUUUAUAUUGUGUUAUUAGGAUGGAACAGAAAAAGUUACUGGUUACUGGAUGUUAUUUUGAAGCUUGAGAGAUUUAAUUUCAACACCGCAACAGGAGGAAGGACUGAAGAAAAUGUAAAAGUGUAAAGUGAUGAUGAUGAUGAUGAUAAAUCCUCAUGAAAACUUGUCACAGCUGAGCGGUAUCAAUGAAUGUUUAAACAGCAGGUCAUGUCUCUUGAAUGUUAGAGAUUGCCCACUCUGUUUUUGGGCAGCCAAGAUUUCAGUGCAAUGAGUUGAAGGGUCAAUAAAUAUUCUGACUUUUUACUGAGACACAUGGUGGAUUUUUUUCCCUUCUUAUCUUUAUGUUUUUUUGUGGUGUACCAAAGUUUGUAUUAACCAUAUACUAACAUUAUACGUUAAAAUGGGUUGCUUUCAUUGAAGUCACUCAAUUUUAUUAGUUAUUUUCUCUCCUCUGCACAUCACCAAAAAUCUACUAAUGUAUGAAUUUCCUCAGUGGUUGUUCUUUUUAUUAGAGAACUGAAAGUGCAGAGCUCUCUCUUCUCUUUUUUUUUUAAGACCUGAUGAGAAAUGAUUAAGUGGCUUUACAAAAUUUUAACAGAAUUGAGGAAGAAUAAUUUAAAAGUAUUUUAAAAACAGAAAAGGUCUUAAUGAACAUGGAGAAAAGUUUGAAAGAAAAAAGCAUCACAUUAUCAGUUCAUCUAAAAAAAAAUCUGAAUAUUGUGAAAAAUGUUCAUUAUUUUCCAUGAGUUGUUUAAGGAAGUAAAAAUGUGAUGUUUGUAACUCAAACUGUUUCAAGCUUUUGUCUACUUUAGUUUUUAAAAAUAAGCUCUAAAGCUAUAAGAAUUUAGAAAACUAUGACAAAAUGUUCAAGUGUUUCUUUGAGUUACGAAACUGCUUUAAAACCAUUUCAAAAUAAGGAACUCAGGAUUAAUAAUAAAGAAUCUUUUUAAGUUAUUACAAGGAACUUCUUCUCUACAGUUUUCUACAUUUCUUGAGAUGUGAUUAUGUCAUCUGUUAGUGUUCAACUGGCUUUGUAUCAUAAAAUAGCUGAAUAAAAAUAUUUAAAGA